UGAACGUUUAAAGCGGAAGUGACGCCACCGAUUUGUAAAGGUCCCAAAUCAUGAGUUCGUUUAAUUCGAAAAGCGAGAGUGUUAAUAAAAACGGUAGUUAAAAGGAAAUGAAAGCAAAGGACAUGUAACCGAGUGACCCGCUAAUCAGUAAGAUGCUCUGUUUCGGCGUUAUAUCCGGGAGGUCGUCGGUGUCUUUACACAAGCUCUUCCUCCUCUCCUUGUUACAUGUGAGAGCUCAUCGCUUCGGUCUCUGUCCUCUACAUUCAUGGAGACAUUUUCACAAUGGGAUCAUUCGCUCCAUGCCAGCCGGACCGGAAUCUACCACUCCUCCUGCACAGACGGGCCUAGCUGAGAACUCUGACUUCGAGCGGAACCGCGGCUCCUCUUCUUCCUGGUCCCCCAAGCAGGGGCCUCCAACGGCUCCCACCCAUUGCUGCAUGAGCGGCUGCCAUAACUGCGUUUGGAUUGAGCAUGCGGAGCAGCUCUUGGCGUAUUAUCAGGAUGGAGGAGAUAGAGCGCUCGCUGCCAUCGAGGACAGCGUUCUUGAUGAGAAUCUCAAAGCAUAUCUUAAGAUGGAGAUCAAAUUGCUGAAAAAGACGUGAUGCUUUACUGUGAAGUAUCAGAUGGUGGCUCCCACCUACCUCAUGUGGACAGAUUUGGGCUCUUGUUUAUGGGCUUAAUGAAAGCUGAAUAUUUAAGUUGCGUAUUUUAUCUUGCCAGCUGCCACACAGUUUGACAAGAAAAUUAGUUUAAAAUGUGUUUCUAGUAAAAAUAAAAUCCACAGCUGGAUGACUCGAAACUAGGUGGAUUUUGAAUUAAAUAUCAAAUGUUUGUUAAAUGUUGAACCAACCUUUGGCAUUUCAUUAACGCAUGAAAUUGCAUUGUGUCUCUUUAAUUCAUUCAAAGUUAUGACUGUGGAGAAAUAGGUGUUGUAUAUUGUUUAAUCAGUUUUAGGUUCCUGUACGUAGAAAUCACCAACAUCUUUUAAAAUAACCAGUUUGGCAUUAAUUCUGAUAUAACAUUUGUAAUAUAUUUUGCACAGACUUUUUAAAAAUAAUGUUUAUUCUAUUUAUUUGUUUUAAUUUAAAUGAUUUUAUUUUCCAGAGAGAAAUAGUCCAAAUAUCCAAACAAACCUACCAGUUCUGACUGAAAUAAGUAAAUAUAUCAACAAUUCAAGCAGUAAAAAGAAUGAAUGAAUGAACUGCUGUUGUCUAAAUAUAAAUAAAAUGCAAUUUUACAUCUUGCUGCUUACCACAAACCUUCCUCUAUAAAUGACUUAGAUUUUGUGUAGGGGAACAUGUUGAUUUCCAAAGGUCUUAUGGCCUAAAGUUUGAAGGGUUUUCCAUAAUGUGAGCUGUGUGUGUUGUACGUAAAUAUGUACAAUCCUCAUAAAGGUUUUUGAAGUAAUGACUGAGAAAGAUAAUGCACACUUUCCUAGACCCAAGUUAUUUAAUCUGAUCUGCCUUUGUUCAGAUUUUGAGAAUGUUCUAAAAAAUUAGAAACUUUAUUCUGGUUAACAAUUGAAUUUUAAAAUGAAAAACAUGCAAGAACUCUGAAAAUGUGACACAAGAUUUAAACAUUUAGCUUGUCAUCUACUCCUAACUGAAGCCUCAUUAAUAGUCGUUUUCAUGUCAUGAAGGUUUUUUAAAGGGACCGUUUGGAGUAUUUGAGGUUUUCUGGAAAGCCUAUAAAUAGUAUCUUACCUGUUGAGUUGUUUUAUCAUGGCAGAUCAGAUUCCAUCAACUUUUGCUUUGGUUCUGCUUUGACUCACAGAUGUUUCUGAAACUAACCUGUUCACCCAAAGAGUAGUUAAAUUAAACUCUAGUUUACCAUAAGA